AUGAUUGUAAAGAGCUUUCUUCUUGCGGCGUUGUCCGCUGUGACUACCUUGGUUCAGGGGCAUCCGAGCCAGGAACGCUCCUUGAGCGAGAGACAGUCGACUGAUCGAUUUGUCUUUGCUCAUUUCAUGAUUGGCAUCACCAGUGACCGCACCAGCUCAGCCGACUAUGACGCUGACAUGCAACGCGCCAAAUCAUAUGGCAUCGACGCCUUCGCCCUCAACAUCGGCGUCGACCCUUACACAGAUCAACAACUAGGCUAUGCCUACGCCUCGGCCGCAAACAAUGGGAUGAAAGUGUUCAUCUCCUUCGACUUCAAUUGGUGGAGCACCAGCCAAGCUACCGCCAUCGGGCAAAAGAUUGCUCAGUAUGCCAGUCUACCCGCCCAGCUCAUGGUCGAUAACAAAGUCUUUGUUUCGUCCUUUGCCGGAGACGGUGUUGAUGUUGCUGCACUGCGUUCGGCGGCUGGCUCCGAACUGUUCUUUGCGCCCAAUUUCCAUCCUUCAUAUGGCACGGAUCUGUCGAAUGUUGAUGGGUUGUUGAAUUGGAUGGCGUGGCCGAAUGAUGGGAACAAUAAGGCACCAGAUGCUACUGGAAAUGUGACGGUGGAACAGGGUGAUCAGCAAUAUAUCUCAGCUCUCGCUGGAAAGGCAUACAUUGCUCCUGCCUCUCCCUGGUUCUCGACCCACUUUGGCCCCGAAGUCUCUUACAGCAAGAACUGGGUCUUCCCUUCUGAUCUGCUAUGGUACAAUCGCUGGGAGGAGCUAUUGACACUAGGCCCUCGAUUCAUUGAAAUUGUUACAUGGAACGACUACGGCGAGUCUCAUUAUGUCGGACCUCUUGACUCUCCUCACACGGACGAUGGAGCUUCCAAAUGGGUCAAUGAUAUGCCACACGACGGCUGGCUCGAUCUCGCCAAACCAUUCAUCGCAGCCUUCAAAGCCGGCGCCACAGCAGUCGACAGCUACAUCACCAGCGAUGAGCUCAUCUACUGGUACAGACCUACUCCGAAGGACGUCGACUGUGACGCGACAGAUACCUGCAUGGAUCCCAAUGCCAGCAACUCCAGCGGAAACUACUUCAUUGGCCGCCCCAAUGGAUACCAGACCAUGGAGGACUCCGUCUUUGUAGUUUCGUUGUUCACAGCCGCUGCUGAGAUUACUGUGACUUCCGGCAGUAAUUCGCAGACUUUUCAGGCAUCGGCUGGGGCGAAUGCGUUCCAGGUCCCUAUGGGAGUCGGCACCCAGACAUUUUCUGUGACUCGGAAUGGCGCUACUGUCUUCCAGGGUACGAGUUUGAAGCAGAUUAUAAAUGGAUGUUCUCGGAACUGCACCACCAGUAACCACAACCUCAGUUCCAGUGACCACAACCAAAAGCACUACCACUACGACCACAAGCAGUACCAAAACCAGCAGCACAACUACAACAUCGCCCACAAUAACAAGUACAUCAACCACCAAGACCACAUCCACAACCACCUCAUCAACAAGUACCUCAACAUCAGGCACGGUUUGCGUCGCCGGCACCGGACCAGGAAACUACGUCGGUCUCUGCAAUUUCUGCUGCAACUACGGCUACUGUCCUCCGGGACCAUGCACUUGCACCGCAUACGGUGCACCUGUGCCCACGCCACCGGUUACGGGCACGGUCGGUGUGCCGUUGUCCAAUGA